AGCGAACCCGAUAAGGCUUUUUUCCCCAAUCGAAAACCCCCAAGGUUUUCAAGAAUUCAAAUAUGGCUUACACAUACGGCUUCUGCUCUUCGCCUUCCAUUUCCUUCAGUCAGAGAAGCUUCAAUUACCCGAUCGUUUUUCAAUCCAGAAUACCCCAGCUUCGUAUUACUCAAAUUUCUUUACAAGAAUCAGUUUCUGAAGUAACCCACAACUUACACCCUAAAGAUUCUAAUCUUUCUCAAUUGGCAAAUGAUAAAAGGAAAACUUUUAUCUGGGUCAACCCCAAAAGCACCAAAGCUUCACACUUUAGGCAAAAAUCAUAUGAUUCAAGGUACACUUCUCUCACCAAAGUAGCAGAGACUCUGAAUUCAUGUUUGCCGGUUGAGGAAGACGUCUUCAACAUACUGGAUAGUAAUUUAGGCAGUAAACUAGUAGAGCAAGAUGGUGUUAUCGUCCUUAAUAACAUGUCAAACUCUCCAACAGCACUUAUUGUGCUCAAAUACUUUCAGGACAAAUGUAAAUUGAAUAGGGAGGUUGUUCUUUAUAAUGUGACUUUGAAGGUUUUAAGAAAGUGUAAGGAUCUGGAUGGUGCAGAGAAGCUGUUUGGUGAAAUGCUUCAGAGAGGUAUUACACCUGACAAUGUUACCUUUUCAACAAUCAUUGGGUGUGCUCGGUUGAGUUCUUUGCCUCGUAAGGCUGUGGAGUGGUUUGAAAGGAUGCCAGGGUUUGGGAUCCAACCAGAUGAUGUUACAUACUCGGUGAUGAUUGAUUGCUAUGGGAGGGUUGGUAACGUGGAAAUGGCAUUGAAGUUGUACGACCGUUCAAGAACUGAGAAGUGGCGGAUUGACGCAGUGACUUUCACAACAAUUAUCAAGAUUUAUGGGACAAGUGGAAAUUUCGAUGGGUGUUUGACCGUCUUUGAGGAAAUGAAGGCUCUUGGUGUUAAGCCUAACUUAGUUUGUUAUAAUACUAUGUUGGAUGCUAUGGGAAGAGGCAGGAGGCCUUGGCAGGUUAAAUCUAUCUACCAGCAAAUACUGAGUAGUGGAUUAACCCCUGGUUGGGCAACCUAUGCUGCUCUUCUUCGUGCAUAUGGUAAAGCUCGCUAUGGUGAUGAUGCUAUGAAUGUGUACAAAGAGAUGAAGGCGAAAGGGAUGGAGUUGACUAAUGUUCUUUACAACACCCUUUUGUCAAUGUGUGCCGAUGUAGGUUUUGUUGAUGAAGCUGUUGAGAUAUUUGAAGACAUGAAGAGAUCUAAGGAUUGUCAACCAGACAGUUGGACCUUUUCAUCCUUGAUCACAAUAUUCUCCUGCUGUGGAAAAGUCUCGGAGGCAGAGGCCAUGUUGAAAGAAAUGUUUGAGGCAGGUUUUGAACCAAAUAUAUAUGUAUUGACAUCUCUAAUUCAAUGCUAUGGGAAAUCCAAUCGCACAGAUGAUGUUGUAAGGACAUUUGACCAAAUCAUAGAGCUUAAUAUAACACCAGAUGAGCGCUCUUGUGGUUGUCUUCUUAAUGUCAUGACACAAACUCCUCGAGAGGAACUUGGUAAGCUUACCAGAUGCAUUGAAAAGGCUAAUCCAAAGCUUGGUAACGUAGUGAAACUUGUCGUUGAAUCCAAUGUUGAAGAUGAAACUUUCAAGAAUGAAGCUUGUGAAGUACUUGCUCAUGUUGGGGCAGAUGUAAGGAAAGCAUACUGCAAUUGCUUAAUUGAUCUUUGUAUCAAUCUUGAUCAGCUGGAGAAAGCCUGUGAGUUAUUGGAGUUGGGUCUUAUGCUUAAGAUAUACAAUGAUAUCCAGUCGAAAUCUCCUACAAACUGGUCUUUACAUUUAAAGAGUCUUUCUUUAGGAGCAGCUCUAACCGCAUUACAUAUAUGGAUAAAUGACUUGUCCAAGGCCCUGGAUGAGGGCGAUGAGUUUCCCCCGUUACUUGGGAUCAAUACUGGGCAUGGGAAACACAAGUACUCUGAAAAAGGAUUGGCAGGCGGACUUGAAUCACAUCUCAAGGAGCUAAAUGCUCCUUUCCAUGAGGCUCCUGAAAAGGCUGGCUGGUUUUUAACAACAAAAGUUGCUGCCAAGUCGUGGUUGGAAGCUAGACGUGACAACGCAGUGGCGGCUGCUUGAGUGCUGACUAGACCAACGUACACACUAUUAUCAUCCCGACAGCUUUCAGCGCUUUGAUUUCAGUUUGAGCAAUUCCCAAUUCGCGCUCCUUUUCUACGAUACAAAUUGGCCAGAAAACACUGGUAAGUACUCCUGCUAUAUGUAUAAUUUAGAGGAAAAUCACCGAAAGCAAAAAAUUGUGAAAUUCUUGGCUAGUUUGAUAACCGUUAGAAAGAGAGAGGUUAUUUCUUGAUUUCGUGUUGUUACAAAAAAUGGCUAGUUUGAUGAUUUUCUGCGAGCGUAACAUAAUCCCGUUUAUCUUUGCGUUGUAUAAAAAACAGAGAGUUAACAGAAGUAAGUGGAAUAAAUGAACCUUUGAGCAAGUUGUGCAG